AUUUGAACUUUGUUUUUAUUUUAUUUAUAAAACAAAAGAAAUAUCAAAUAUUGACAGCUGUUUUUUUAUUAUAUGAUGUUUCUUUUAAAGCAAUAAAGGAUUAUUUCUCUGUUUUACAACAAGAAUGCGUUUUAAAACUAUUUUCAUGUGUACAUGCAAACAAUGUACAUUCAUGAGCAGAUGAACUUUAUAUGCUGUACUCCUGAUUGGUGUUUGUAUUUGUAUCAUUGUAUAAAGAUAUUUAAUUAAGCCGUGAGAAAGAUGAAUAACGAAACAGCAUUGGAUACGUUUUCCGAGCUAUUUCACAGUUUGCAAAGAAAUAAAAGGUGGGUUAUUCUUAUAUAAAGAGGACAUGUACUGUAUGACUAUAAUUACUUUUAUUUGAAAUGUUGUUGGUCAUUAAUACAAUAUUGGGCUAUUAAUACAUUUAAUAUCCCCCCCCCCCGUCGAGAACCUCAAUUCCCAAGUUAGGAAAUUAGUCGUUUUUUCCAGAGGGGUAAUUGGGGAAAUUCAAAAUGCUGUUUCCAGAGGGGUUAAAUGCAAAAAUGUACUUCCAGAGCGGGUUCAAGACUCUUCAUUGGGGUCAGUUACACAGAUUUUUUUUUGCUUUCCAGAGGGGUAAAAAUCCCCAAAAGCAGAGGUCGACAGUGGGUGGGGUUGGUUUUUAAAUGUAAUAUUUCUCGAUCAUGUUGUGAUGUUGAGCAGUGCCAAAGACAAUAAAUCAAAAGACUAUUAUAAUAAAAUAAUCCCAUAUUAAAAUAAUGUUAUAUUAAAAUAAUCCCAUUCAUGCAUGCCAAUAUUAAAAAAAAUAAUGACAAUUAUACUACACACUUGAUUGCUUGUAUAAAAACAGUGAAGUACAGAUUUGAAAAUAGCAGUAAAUAUACAUAUUAUACAUUUACAGUAGGUACAAACAAAGGAAUGUGCUAAUCACUUGUUUUUGAGUGACCUGACACCAAUAUGCCAACAUGGAAUGCAGUCUGGCAUCCAUGACCCUAUUAAACUGGAAAGUUUGCCUGUUUGGAAGUUGUGCACCCAUGAUUUUGAAAAUACAGAAAAUUUGAUACUAACUGUUAGUAGUAAUAUCACGUUUUUAUUUCUGAGAUCUUGGUUGCACAAUACAAACUGUGCAAAGUGGUCAAUGACAAUGAACCAUUCUGACAGCAGUUAAUGGUAUUGCUUGCAAUAUGUGUGUUAUUACUAACCCAUUGCGCACCAGCACCCUCCCGGCCAUAAGGCUUAAGAGUAUAAAAAUAAUAAGGCGAGACUUUUUUUAUUUGUUGGUUUACGGAUCCGCCGACCAUAAAUAUUCAGAAAGUGAAAUUAAAUUUUAAAAAAUUUUGAUGUCAUCAAUUUUAGUUAAUUUUAGUCAAUUUGGGGUUCUGGCAUGAAGUACACGCCAAGUAAACUUUGACUUUAAGUACUGCUGGCUCAUGUUAUUGUCAUCCAAUGUUGCCAAGUCCGGGAUUUUAUCCCGAGAUCUCGAUAUUUUUUGAAGCAGUUGGGAAAGGUUAUUUUUUGAGAAAGGGAAGUUCGAAAUUUAGAAAUCGAUUUUUUGGUAAAAUUAACCAAUAAACAAUUUUGUUAAAAAUCCAGGGUUCGUCCGCUUGUAUUUAAACCGUAUCAGUGAGCUGCAUAUUUGAUGUCAGAUUUCAUUUUUACAACAUGACGUACAAGGCUAUCCCACCCGAAAUUUGUGCGAAAACCACUUACAUUAUAAUGACGUAAAAAAAGUGGGAACUGAUAUCGAUCAGGAUUGUUUAGGGAAUCUCGGGAUAUUUUGGGAACUCACUUGGGAUUUUUACAAAUUGACAACGCUGGUUGUGAUAAUAAAUGUGGAGAUUAUAAGCCAUGUUUUUCCAAGUAGAAGUUAAAUGUUUAGAAGAUAAAAACAUCGAUUUUAAAUAUACUCAGUCUUUUUUUUUAAAUUUUUUUCCGACCUACCGACCUGUUUUUUUUUAAAGUCAAAUCCGUAAACCAAUAAAUAAAAAAACUCUCGCCUAAUAAAAUAGUGCACAUUAGGAUGCAGUUUAUGCAACUCUUAAUGGGUUAAUUCAAUACAUUGAACAGUACCCAAUAAAUAAUUUAUUGCUUUUUAAAGUAUGAAAAUGAUUAUUGCAGAUGAUAGACCACAACAGUGCAAACCUGCAUGCAGAUUGUGGAGAGAGAACAAUAUAUUUGUAAGUCAAAUUUAAAAGGAUGUGCAAGAGGGGAAAUAUCGCAGCAAUUUUGUCAUUAGUAUUUUGAAAAUUAAAGAACAAAAAGUUGAAACUAUAGUUCUCUUCCAACAUCCCAAGGGCUGUCAAGCUGUUAAAGCCAUUAUCAAUUAAGUGUUUCCACAUAAUUUCAAAAUUUUAGUGUACUAUAAAUUUCCCUCAAAUUGUUAAAAAAAUUUGGUUAUUGAUAUUUUUAUAUUUCCUCAGUCUCUAAUUUGAGACCUCACUUGCUUUGAUUCUUGCAUGAUGUUAUUUUUCAUCAUCAGGACCCAUUUAUAUGAUACGACUAGAUGUACAUAAUAUAUAUGAUAUCGCCAUUUUGGUGUGAAUUUCAAAAGGUGAUUUGUCAAGAUUGUGCAGGGUGGUGUCCACCCCUCCUAGUGAUGUCCAGAACCCACUAGUGCGAGGGGUGUAGUGAAGUGGGGUCCAGAGUGGUGCCUACAUCCUACCCCCCUCCCCCAAUGUUAUGUCUGUUGGCACAAGGUGGACAUGAAAUAUCUGACAGUGUACAGAAUCUAGCCACACUGUGUGUCCAAUACUCUCGCAAGAAUACCGACGGAAAUUAUUAUUCUGCAUCGGUAAUAUAUAUCUUCGUUUCGUGAACUCCAGCUGAGCAUGGAUAUACAUGCUCACCAAAUGGCCUUACCAUCGGUACCGUUAGUCAGCCUCGUCCCCGGCGCUUUGAUGUUUCGUGACGCGCGCGCGGGAGGCUCGAUUCCCGCGCGUGCGUCACGCAACCAGUAAGCACAUCAAAGCGCCAGGGACGAGGCUGACCGUCAGUACAAACGGAAAAUAAGUGAUUUAUCAUCGGUAUUUUCAACUGAUAAUUUAGCCGGAGUAAGACUUAAACAAACUCGCGAUAUCUUAUAAUAUUAUUACCAUAUAUUCUGUUGCGUCUUUCUUAGUUAAUUAAACAAACACGCAAAGUAUUAUAAUCAUAUGCUGUUCCUAUACUUAACACUCAAACAAACUCGCGAUAUCUUAUAGGAAAUUCAUCAUAUAUACUGUAUAUCAAUACUUCGACGCAAUAGUCGCGUCUUUCUUAAACAAACACGCAAAGUAUUAUCACAUGCUGUUCCUAUACUAACACUUAAUUACAGUCGAUUUCAACUUACUUUUCACUCAAAUGUUCCGAACUUCGUUCCGAACUUCACAAAUUCGUUGCCAAGUUCAAAAAUUCAUAAUGAAAUUCACAAACAGGUUUGUAAACUGGGCAUUUGAUUGACUGGUUUGAUUUUUUUAUUAGCCAAUCAGAGGCUUUGUUUACAAACCUGUUUGUGAAUUUCAUUAUGAACUUUUGAACUUGGCAACGAAUUUGCGAAGUUCGGAACGAAGUACGGAACAUUUGAGUGAAAAGUAAGUUGAAAUCGACUGUAAACAAACUUGCGAUAUCUUAUAAUGAUUAUAUAUAGCUACUGUCAAAAUCCGGCAUAUAUCGAUUCUUCGUUCUCGUAAAUAAACAGAAUAUAUGGUAACAAUAUGUUGCGGGUGCGUCUAACGGAUUUUGCGUAUUUACCGAUGGUGGAUUCAUUUCUCCAUCGGUACCGAUGGCGAAUAUCUAUUUACCAAUGGUGAAUUGGCUUACCAUCGGUACCAACGGUACCGACGGACAGGGUUUUGGAGGGUUACCUUAUGCCCUCGCAAUGCUAAAUACCUCAUUUGCCAACGGACUUUUCAUAUUUACAGUACCGUUGGUCCAUUCAUUUCUCCAUCGGUACCGAUGGAGAAUAUUUGGCCUACUGUUUGAUUUUUAUGUCCAUGCACUCCUGUACUUGUUCAGAACCGUUACAAUUAUAUUGAUACAUUCUUUGUAGGUUUGCAUGGCGAUAAAACAUAUAAUACUUUUUUUUGUGGAAACACCACGUAAAUUUACCGAGUAAUAAAUUUACGUGGUGUUUCACAAACAAAAAGUAUUAUUAUGUAUAUUUAUAUUGAUACCAUACACCGUGCAUGUAAAUAUAAAAAGUAGAUAUUAAAAUUGCAUUAAAAUAUUAUUGAAGAAUAUUUAUCAAAAAUUGAAGUCGUUAUCGUAAACCACGCCCAAACCAUGCCCCUUUCACGGCUCUGCCAGGUUCACUUUGUCAGCAAACGACCACUACAUGCAAUCACAAACCUAUAUCAGACCUUACACGGAUCUGGCCUUCUAGCAAAAUCUUCCCGCGUACAUCAAUUGGAAUCAAAGAGUUCAGAAUUUUUGAACUUGACAACCUCUGAAAAACCCUCCCCCAUUAGAGAAAUUUGCACACACAGGCACACCUAGAAACCUAAAUGCUCUCAUUGGAUUAAAAUAAGACUCAAAGUUUUCCGGGACGGGGAGAGCAUGGGGCUGCGCGUGCACCAGAUCCUUUAUGCCGCUUGCUCAGCUGCGCAACAUGCCCCCUCACUCCCUGAAUUUUCGGCACACACACCCAGGAAAAUCUGUCUAUGCUUGACAAACUUGAAGAACUUGAGAAACAAGCGUGGAAAUAUGGCAAAAGAGUCAGUAGUAAUAUAUUUACAUCGAUCUGAAAAAUUAAUGUAGAUUCGAAAUCAAAUUAGCGAAAUCUUGCAAGUAUAUAAAUACUUGAUUUAAGAAACUGUAUAAUAUUUUACAAUUAUUAUUAUAAUAUUGCAGUUAUAUUCAGCCAGCGGUCGAGCGUUGAUAUAUGUGCGAUUAUUUACGCAAAAUUAUUCAUGCUUACUAAUUGGACCAUCAAUUUCGCCUCUUCGUGGCAUGUACACUAGCUGUCACUGCUCGACAUGAUCAACAUCUUAUUAUAUUUUUACCAGCACUUCUAGACUGGGGAUUACUUACUGUAGAAGUAGGGAGGGUGCUAAAUAGAGGCUGGGGACUAAAUAGAGCGAAUACGGUAAGCUUGUUUAUUAAAAAUACGCAUUUGGCAAGAUGCAAUAGCAAUAAACCGUUCAUAAAGUAAGGUGGCCAUGUCUUUAAACUAUUUCUGCCAACAGUAUAGGCGAAAAUAGUUUCAUGCAUGACUGAUUGAUUUCAAAUUAUUAGAGCUGCUUCCUUAUGAUUAGCGUUAGAAACAAUUUGUGUAUAUAUAUAUAUAUAUAUAUAUAAUAUAUAUAUGUAUCUAGACGUGUACCAAGCUGCACUGAGGAGGCGUUGAACGCCGAAACAUGCAUGUCUGCAGAUUGUACUAUAUAUAUAUAUAUAUAUAUAUAUAUAUAUAUAUAUAUAUAUAUAUAUAUAUAUAUAUAUAUAUAUAUACUACUAGCCAUGUAUAAUGUAAUAUUGUAUGUUAUCGCCAUAUACUAAACUCAGUACCUGCUCACUCCAUUGCGGUUUGCUUGGUUUGGCAACAUUGAGACCGGGAAGUGAUAGAAAACGCUUUCUUUUCGUCGGUGAUGGGGAGUUAGAGCGGUCAUUGUAUGUCUGUGAUCUGUUGUGAGACAUUUCAAUAUUUCGUUCUCCAAGUAUGAAGUACACUGCGUAUGUUAAUGUGUGUCAAGCAGAUGAUAUAAUAUGGCCACAACAACAUAGAAAUUUGCAUAUGUUUCAAACUAAUUAAUCAUUUAUACUUUACACUCAGUUUAUACUAACAUGAAAACAGCUCUAGCAGGUGAUCAUGCAGUCAUGCCAGAUGGUUAGAUCUUGUCUGCUUUUAAACUCUGUUCUUUACAGCACGGAGCGCUGCUUUCAUUUGUCCUAAACAGGGCGCUUAUACAUAUAAGCGCCUUGGUCCUAAACGUUCACAACAAGUUUGAUGAUUUGACGAAAUUUAUAUUAAUUUUUAUUUCUAGAUUUCUUAACAGCACAAAACAAGCAUGCAUGCAUAUACACAACUCGAGUCUUGAGAACAUUUGAAAUUUCGUUUUCAGUUCCGAUAUUUCAAUGUACUACCAACUGUACUUUUGUUUCAUUCAUAUUUCGCCGCAAUCGCAUGUGAAAAGAAAUUUUUACAGUUUGUCUCCACCAAACACCGCAUGCAGGUAGGCUACUGUAUUCUCCGCGUACUCUCACUGGUUUCCUCAUAUAUACCAACAAGGAACGACUCUUACUGGAUCUCUAUAGGUCCAGAAUAACAGUUCAGAACGUUAAUAUAUAUGAAUAACAGUUGACAAUGUUAAAAAAUUGCGCUAAAUUGGCCUUUCUCACGCCGCCAUUUUUGGGUGGCACUUCAGCCGAAGUCUGCGAGAUAAGUCCACAUAACAGCGACUUUUUAUAAUUUUUUGGACGAAUGAUGGUAAUUUUGCUUUGUAAAUUGUUAGUUUAUUUUGAAAAAUUGCUUUGCACAUUGUUUUAAUUAUCUGCAUUGGUUAAAGAGAAUUAGAUGCCACCCAAAAAUGGCGGGAAUUCGUCAUCGUGAGAAAGGCUAAUUGGUUAAGAUAAGUUAUAUAUAUUGCAGACGUUUCAUCUCGUGAGAAAAUCUAACACAAAUUGGGAGGGGUGUAUUCAAGCAUGCAACGUCAGAUGCCUUGAUGUGGUCAGGCGUACAUAUACAUGCACCGUUGAAGGAUGUCCUGGAAAUGGGGAUAAUCAUUAAUCAUUAAUCAUCAUUAAUACUCUGGAGGGGGAUAGUGCUUUUCAAGCAGUUUGAUUGGUUUCGCAGCUUUGGAUAUCCUCACACUAUAAAUAUUCCACUGGGGGGGGGGGGGGGUGAAAUCCAUACUAUGAGAUUUGCAAUUGCACCACUAAAUGUCCAUAAGUAUGUCCAUACUAUGUCGAUACUAUAUCCAUAGUAUGGAAAUACACAAUUGUUAUGGGUAAUCAAAAAUCCAUUCUAUUUUCAACAAAGGUCCAUAUACAAUUUCCAAUCUAUGGAUUUUCAAAACUUUUUCCAGUGUUCACCUCUGGCCAAAAACAAAAUGGCUUCCCGCAAUUCGUUCCGGUUACAGACAAGCAAAUUUAUUUACUAAACGAAGCUGCCGUUUCGCCAAACACAUACUCUAAUGAAUAAAAUUACCCAACGCUUCGCGUUUUGGUGAAUGUCCUUGCACUAUUCACCUCCACCUCGGUGAAUAUAAUUGUAUACAAUACAAGACAUUUUAGGGUACUGGAUUUAUAUGCAUGUACGUAAACUUUAACGUUGUUUUAAUAUCGAUGUAGGGAUAAGGUUGGUGGUAUGUUAAGUGGCUGUGAAGCUGAAUUGCAAGAGGCAAGUUUCUUUAAACUAAACACUUUGCGCAGUUCUUGUUAUUAUUUAAAUGCAGUCCUAUGCUGUAUACGUGGGUUUCACUCAAGGCACCAUCAUGCAUGUCGGACCGCGGUCAACCGGCAGUGUUCUCGUAUAUGUAAUAAUUUUCUAUAUGGCAAUGGAGUUGACAACAGUUGACAAUUUGCCAGCCUAACAAUUUGCUUGAUACUAUAAUUUUUACAGUUGUGAAAUUGACCACUAUAUCUGCUGCACGAUAGCGCUUACUCAUGUAAUAAAACCCACUUAAAGUAAUAAGAUUGUUUAAAAAAUAUAUAAAAAUAUUAAUUGGUUAAACGCGUCAAUUUCUUAAUAAUUCUUAUAUCCAUUUUCCAUCGCCCUGAUCAGCUUAAGACAAGUGAUUAUUAGUAUUAAUAAUUGUAGACUUCUAUUACUUGUUUUCAGCUGAUGCGUCAGAUUGAUAUCAUGGUAAAUGCAAAGAAGGUUGAAUGGGAUAGUCAGCUUCAUGUUCUCCAACUACAACUGGAUAAGAAGAAAAAGGAAGCUGGUAUUCUUAAGAUUGAAGUUGGCGCAAAAAUGCAAGAGGUACUACAGUAAUUUUAAAUCUAAAGGAUUGAAAUAUCAUACCAUCGC